GACAGUGAUUGCCAUGUCCUUGCCACAAUAUCCACGUAGAAAAGGAAGCGGUCUGCGUUCUUUGCUGUGCUUUCGCUUGUUGCGCCUCAUCAGCUCUCAAACACUCGUUGCCUUUCGCUCGUUCACCUCCAAGUUGUUUGCGCAUCAUCAGCUCCAACAUUCGUUGCUGUUCGCAUCGUUCAUCUCCAAGUUGUUCGUCAAGAGCCGCAGUCAUGUUGUUGCCUUCGAGCACAUGGACACCGUUCGGAUUGCUAAUCCUGGGUGUCAAGGGGUCGUUCGGCGAGGCUCAUCGCCCUCACUCAUCCUACCCCAACGAACCAACCAUCCACGAUCCUAGGUGUACUAGCAACGUCACCGUUAUCGACACGACGACCAUCAUCUCAUCGACGAUUGUACCGACAACUCACUAUGUCGAUGUCACAGUACCUCACUAUGUAAAUGUUACAGUUAGUAGCACCAAAACCAGUACCGUCUCGACGUGCAUCACCGAAUCCACAACAACUACUCUCCACUACACCGUCUCAAUCACAGAAACGGACUCAGCGACCAUCACAAACACUCGAACGACCACAGAAACGGACUCGACAACCACCACAGAAACGGAAUCGACAACCACCACAGAAACGGACUCGACAACCACCACAGAAACGGACUCGGCAACCGUCACAAAUACUCAAACCACCACAGCAACUGUGCCGGCCACCAUCACGACAUAUACCACUCAAACUGUCAUCUCUACCACGGUUGACCCAUGUCCGACAACAUGCAGCAUCUCCGCCGGAACCGUCAACUUAUUUUUCUGGCCAACAGACAGACCAUACACCUACCCCUCCACAUAUGUCGACUCAUCUUUGGCUUACACCUUCACGUCGCCCUCGGUGUACAUGCUCAUCCCCACCGCCAGAGGAACCAACUCCCUCGGACCGGCAGGGCCCUCCACCACAAGUUGGAUACUUGCUCUAGACCUAGACGAAGUCUCCACCAUCUUCGACGGGUCGGUCACACGCCAGCUCACCCUCAGCGACCUGGGCACAGACUGCGCUCAAACGGCCGACCCUUCAGCAAUCGCCACCAUGGUCGACUCGCGGUGUGACCCCGUCCUCGCGGCUCCGAAACAGGUCAGUUCGUGGGCGUACCCGUGUAACGCCUGUGGACGGUUCGGCCUCUUCGACCCUCCGUAUGCGAUUCCCACCCUUACGGGAAGUCUCAUCGAGACGACGACACAGGCGCCGCCGCCGGUUACGGUUACGACUACGGCUGCGCCUGACCCGACUUCUACUCCUCCUGUAGGAACUGUUUUGGUCAUCUACUAUGUCGACGGAACGGCCGUGGCUACCUCUACAAGCUUGACUACCGGCAUAAGCGGUACGCUGACAAGUUCCGUUUUUGUAUCGCUUACCGGCAUUACGAGUUCGAGCUCCGAAGUUGUGUCUAGUCCAGGCUCAGCAACGACUGCGAGCUCCGAAAUUGUGUCUACUCUAGACUCAGCAACGACUACGAGCCCCUUAUUGCCCACGGCCACAUCAACGGCCUCACCAUCGACCUCGCCGACGUCGGUGGUGACCGGGUCGGCCACCAGAGUGACGGGUGGACUUGCAUGGUUGAUUUCAAGCGUAUUUCUUGCAGCAUUGCUAUUGUAACAAAAUUUAUGACUGGGAGAUAGGAUGGAUUAAUGCAAAUCACCAAUCAUUGAUGAUGACUCGUCUCUUCUUGGCAUGACUGAUCCUCUCGCUAUGUCCAUCUCCUGUAUUCAAGGUAUGUAGUGUACAUCCAAGUUCAAGUCUACCUAUUUAAGCAUGCCCUCAUUCAGUU